CGGGCAGGACAAGCCAUGGGUCCCUCGCCCAUGCAGGGGACGCCUGCAGAGAAGAGAAGGAUGAUGGCAGCCAGGUGUGCCCUUCUGCUGCUGUGCUGCAUGGUGCUCCUGCAGGUGGUCGGAGCCCGGUACCUGCUGAGCUGCCCUGAAGGCUGGUCCUACUACAAGCUGAACUGCUUCAAGUAUUUCUCCCAGCACCGCACCUGGGAGGAGGCAGAGGCGCUGUGCCAGAACACCUACUCUGGAGCCCACCUUGCCUGGGUGGAGGAGCCCAAGGAAGCAGCCACGCUGAGCCAGGUCAUCAUGUACUACCAGCGCUCGCAGCCUGUCUGGCUGGGCCUCCACUACCUGCGGCAGAGCCGGGACUGGCGCUGGACCCACGGGGAGAAGUACGAUGACCUCCCAACGGUUCCUGGGAAUGGUGCCCGAGGAGGAAGCUGUGCCCUGCUGACCCGGAGCAGCAGUUUCACCGUGUGGUCCAGUGCUGACUGUGACCGACAGCACCACUUCAUCUGCAAGUUCACACCCUCACAAUGAGCACAGCCCUGUGCCCCCAUGCUCUUCUCACCCCACCUCCGCGCUCAUCCCUCUAUCUCCCAAAAUUACAUCUAUAAACAGAGAAGCAUGUGA